UGUUGAAACGUUUGUUUUAUUAGUACAGCAACUUCAUAGACGAUUUGCGGGUCUAUGUGAGAGGAGGAACUGGUGGAAUGGGUUAUCCUAAUCUGGGAGGGGAAGGAGGAAGAGGUGGUGAUGUCUGGUUCGUUGCCCGAGAAAGGACUACCUUAAAGAGCAUUAGGGAGAAGUAUCCCCAGAAGAGAUUUGUAGCUGGAACGGGAGCCAACAGCAGUGUUAAAGCUCUAAAAGGUGAAAAAGGAAAAGAUUGUGAAGUUCACGUGCCUUUGGGAAUUUCAGUUCUCGAUGAUGAUGGCAAGCAGAUUGGAGAGCUUAAUGCAGCAGGAGAGAGAUUCUUAGCAGCUCGUGGAGGUCUUGGAGGCUCUUUGGCUACAAACUUUCUGCCUUGCAAAGGUCAGAGGAGAACUGUUCACCUUGAUUUGAAACUUAUAGCAGAUGUUGGCUUAGUUGGGUUUCCAAAUGCAGGAAAGUCAUCCUUGUUAAGCAAGAUUUCUCAUGCCAAACCUGAGAUUGCAAAUUAUGCAUUCACAACAAUACAGCCUGAACUAGGAAAGAUCAUGUAUCCAGAUUAUAAGCAGAUUUCAGUAGCUGAUCUCCCUGGACUGAUUGAAGGUGCACAUGCAAACAAAGGAAUGGGCCACAAAUUUCUCAAACAUGUAGAACGAACUAAACAGCUUCUCUUAGUUGUUGAUAUUUCUGGAUUCCAGCUGUCUAUCAAGACUCAGUUCAGAACAGCCUUUGAAACAAUAUUGCUUCUUACAAAGGAACUGGAACUAUACAAAGAGGAGCUUUUAACAAAGCCUGCACUUCUUGCCAUUAAUAAAAUGGAUUUGCCUUGUGCAAAGGAUAACUUAGAUGAACUUAUGACACAACUAGAGAAUCCUCGGGACUUUUUGCACUUACUGGAGGAAGAAAUGAUUCCGGCAAAUACUCUUGAAUUCAGAGAGGUGAUUCCUAUAUCAACGUAUACUGGAGAAGGAAUUGAGGAACUCAAAACAUGUCUAAGAAAAUCCAUAGAUGAGGAAGCAGAGCAGGUGAAUGAAGACUAUCGGAAAAAGAAACUCCUGCUUUUACAAACCUCCAAACAAGAACAAAUGAAUAGAAAGUGGCAUUCCUGAAUGGAUCCAACAUAUUUUACCAAUGCACACUGAAGCCUUUUUUGUGCAGACCUUCCAUUUAAUUGUCUCCUCUUCCAUCAUUGCCUGCUUCCCUCCAUUUGUUUUAGGCACUUGAGUAGGGCACAGUGGGGAAAGAGGCAAGUUUUUUUAAAUUAACGUUGGCUACAAAGCUCAACAAUGUAAAGACCAAAGUAUGUGCAACUCAAAGCACUGCUUAACAACUGAUGACCCCUGGAAUAUUUUUUGCCAAGUGAGAGGAAUGGAGGGAAUAUAACUUGAACAGAGCAGCAAGUUCAACAACUCUUCGUGUCCCGUGGGCAUCAGAAGAACCAAGGGAAGUUUCUGAUGGAGGAAUUUUCCAGGGUCUGGGGCUUCUAAGCUGUGGUUCUGCUAUUGUGACAGGCAUUGGAUUGUAGGGGUUUUGUUGGUUUUAAGGAUUUAAAGGAAAACACAUAUAAGUGGCUGCAAGGAAAUGAUUUGGAGCACAAAAAGCAGGACUGAUUUGUAAUGCUGGAGGUUUUCUUGACACCUGCUGGUGCCUACUGUAGUCAUCUUAGUUGUAUAAAUCCUGAUUCCAAAUUCCCAUGCUUAAUUUGUGAUUCCUUCCUUUUAUGGAAUCGUUUGGUUUAUGUUACA